UAAAAUUUAGUUAUUGAGGCCGUUAUCGUUAGUUUUCCUUGGAUUAGCUGAUAUCACCACCGUUGGAAGACACGGCGGCGAUCCAGAGGGCUUCCAUGGAGUUUUCUCGAGCUUUUUAGCCGGCUUUAAAAUGGCGGGCGAGCACUUCGAUUCAGCGGGAUUCGAAUUCAAAAGCAUCCCCGAAACCAAACACAAAGAAUGGUCCAUGGUCGCCAUCAGGGACACUCCCUCACCCAAUACUGACUGCUCCGUCUUCCCUCCAAUCAAUCACGAAAAUCUUCACCAUCCAUCACAACCCGAUCAAAAGCAUCCGGACACGUUAUCGCCACCGCCGUCGUCUCCGUCGCUGUCAUCUUCUUCGUCGUCGUCGCUGUCGUCAUUCUCACCGUCCGAUUCCGAUGAAUCGGGCCCGCUUUCGCCGCUUCCGUCCGAUACCCUGGUCCGAAAGCCUGGCGAAUUCACCACCUGGGUAGGAAUUGGCUUUGGGUUACUGCGUUCCAAGGUUUCUGCUAUGGCUUCCUCAUCUGGGUUCGAUAAAGUUUGGAGUUUUGCCUCUGGCGCGGGAAUGGCGGCUGUUGUGUUCGUGUUAUGGUCCUUGUUCUUGCGGGCUCGGCAAAGGCGGUAUCGGAAUCAUUUGAAAUCGAUCCGCAAAGAGAAAGACGAGAAAAUCAAUAAACUGCUGCACCAAAUCGCGCAGAUGAACGAAGUUCUGGUAGCUCGGCAUAAAGCUCUCGCUUCCAAACUGGCUAAUUGAAUAGAGAAAUAUAACAUCUUUAGCUGCUAGGUUGCUACUGAAUUCGUGAAAUUAGGAUUGACAGCGCAAUAACAGAGCUGCAAAACAUCGCGCAGUAGACUUGCAAUGGCACUCCGAUGCUCCAGUCAUCGCUGAGGAGGGAGGACAUAUCUCAAGUUGAAGCACGUAUAACGGAAAUGCCGGUACAAGUUUGAGCUCUGCAAACAAUUUUGGGUGGAGAAAACAAGUUUGGUACCCGAGCUUCGGAGUUUCGAACAUAUAGCGGAGAAACUUUGAUGCACAAUAUUCUUUAUGUAUGGAAGUCACACAGUCUUGUAAGUUUUGCUUGCAUUUUAGUUCAUGGUUUAUGAAGCCAGUUGAAAUAUCUUGUGUAUAUUUGGUUUGGGGCUCUUUAUGUGCAUAUGAUUUGACAAAUUUUAGCAUUAAUUAAAAGUUUAAGCUCAUGAGUUCAUCCU